AUGGAACGAGAAAAUGGCGACGACUCCGCUGGAAGAGUUAUAUUAACAAACAGAUCGCCUAUAGCAAGCAAGCUUCUUAAUGGAAUUACAGGGUUCAAGAACGGUUGCAUAUGGAAGUCAUGCCUGUUAGGGAAUUAUAAGCAGAAAAUGCGAUGGAUGGGUAUGAUGCUGAGUCAACGAUCCCAUGUUUAUGACGGAGCGUUAGCCGGGGCUAUCUUCCGGGGUCGUAGUGGGCAAUGGGACGUCCAUGUUUCAGUCUAUGGAGCGGUGCCGCGUUUACCUCCGAUUCGUGUGCUUGGACAUGACCAGUUGGUCAUGAAUUCUGAGUAG